AUGCACAGCCUCGUACAGCUGUCGACGAGGACGUGGCUGAAGGAGUGUGGGAGGGAGGAGGAAUUUAAGCAUCAGUUUGUGUCACGGAUAGCCGCGCUGUUCCCACCCGGAGACUACAGUAACUGGGCGACGUGUCAGCGUCUCUUUCCACACGUUGAGAGGGCCGUAGACUACCGACCAGUGGAGAGCAAACUGGAGGAGGCAUGGGCAACGCUGUUAUACAAUGGUGGAUGGUAUGCAGAAUUGCAGGGUAGAUAUGAUGUGGCAGAGCAAAUGGCUCGUAAAUCGAGGAGAAGCCGCAAGGAAAUACUGGGAAGAGAAGACGAGCGAACAUUAGCUAGCACGUCGCUAUGUGCAGAAGUGCUUCGGGAUAAAGGACUAUGGAAGGAGGCUGAGAAGCUGGAGGUGCAGGUGAUGGAGACUCGCAAGGCGAAGCUUGGGGCCGAUCAUCCUUGGACGCUGACGAGCAUGGCCAACCUGGCGUCGACGUACAGGAACCAGGGCCGGUGGGAGGAGGCCGAGAAGCUGGAGGUGCAGGUGAUGGAGACUCGCAAGGCGAAGCUCGGGGCCGAUCAUCCCGAUACGCUGACGAGCAUGGGCAACCUGGCGUCGACGCUUUGGAACCAGGGCCGGUGGGACGAAGCCGAGAAGCUGGAGGUGCAGGUGAUGGAGACUCGCAAGGCGAAGCUCGGGGCCGAUCAUCCCGAUACGCUGACGAGCAUGAACAACCUGGCGUCGACGUAUAGGAACCAGGGCCGGUGGGACGAAGCCGAGAAGCUGGAGGUGCAGGUAAUGGAGACUUGCAAGGCGAAGCUCGGGGCUGACCACCCAGCCACGCUGACGAGCAUGAACAACCUUGCUUUCACGUGGAAUAGUCAAGGUCGACAUGAAGAUGCCCUAGCGUUGAUGCAAGACUGUGUUGAGGCUCGGCAGCGAGUCCCUGGGCCUGAGCAUCCUGACACGCUGUCGUCCUUGGCUACUCUUCUGGCGAACAAUCGUGCUCUGGAUGAGGCCACUAGAGACAAGAUGAAGCUAGAGGUGCAGGUGAUGGAGACUUUCAAGACGAAGCUCGGGGCCGAUCAUCCCUCGACGCCGACGAGCAUGAACAACCUGGCGUCGACGUACAGGAACCAGGGCCGGUGGGAGGAGGCGGAAAAGCUGUUUGUGCAGGUGAGGGAGAUGAGCAAGACGAAGCUCGGGGCCGACCACCCAGCCACGCUGACGAGCAUGAACAACCUUGCUUUCACGUGGAAUAGUCAAGGUCGACAUGAAGAUGCCCUAGCGUUGAUGCAAGACUGUGUUGAGGCUCGGCAGCAAGCCCUUGGGCCUGAACAUCCUGCCACGCUGUCGUCCUUGGCUACUGUGUCGGAAUGGAGUAGCUAG